UUUUUUUUGCACUGAACUUCUAUGACUUGCGCACUAGCUGGCAGGGUGUAGUCUGGUCAGAUGUAGCUCUUUUCCUCUAAAAGUUUUAUUUCUUUUCCUUCAUGGCGGUGCUCAGGAAUCAAUAGCCCAAACGAGUGGAAGUAAAGUCGAGGAAAGAGCAAGGAGAAAAAGGAAGCGUCGCUGUUCUGCAUGGUUUUAUUUCUAACUCCGCAGAACUUUUGAAAAGGCGCAGGUCGGAAAAGGAAAGUCGUUUGGGGGAAAGGGCCAGGACGCACGGAGACAAUAAUGCGCUGCGCGGCUCUUCUAUUGAGUUUACUGACUUUGUGCGCGACGCGCGGUCACGCAGCAAUGGACGAGUGCGUGGACGAGGCGAACCGUCGGCCUCAGCGCUGCUUGCCCGAGUUCGUGAACGCGGCGUUCAACGUGACCGUAGUGGCCACCAACACGUGCGGAUCUCCGCCUGAAGAAUACUGCGUGCAGACCGGUGUCACCGGAGUCACCAAGUCCUGCCACAUCUGCGAUGCCCGAGAUCCGAGACUGCAUCACAGCGCUGUCUACCUCACCGAUUACAACAACCAUGCGGACACCACCUGGUGGCAAAGUCAGACCAUGCUAGCGGGCGUCCAGUACCCCAAUUCCAUCAACUUAACCCUGCACCUAGGCAAGGCCUUUGACAUCACCUACGUGCGCCUCAAGUUCCACACCAGCCGCCCAGAGAGCUUUGCCAUCUACAAGCGCACACGUGAGGACGGCCCAUGGAUCCCGUAUCAGUAUUACAGUGGCUCAUGUGAGAAAACCUAUGGCAAGAUGAACCGUGGGUUCAUCCGCACUGGCGAGGACGAGCAGCAAGCUCUCUGCACAGAUGAGUUCAGCGACAUCUCGCCGCUAACCGGCGGAAACGUGGCCUUCUCGACGCUCGAGGGACGCCCCAGCGCAUACAACUUCGACAACAGCCCGGUGCUUCAGGAUUGGGUGACUGCCACAGACAUCAGAGUGACCCUGAACCGGCUGAACACGUUCGGAGACGAAGUGUUCAAUGACCCCAAAGUCCUCAAGUCAUACUACUAUGCCAUCUCCGACUUUGCUGUAGGAGGAAGGUGCAAAUGUAACGGUCAUGCCAGCGAGUGUGUGAAGAACGAGUACAGCAAGCUGGUGUGUAACUGCAAGCACAACACAGAGGGUGAUGACUGCAGCGUGUGUAAGCCCUUCUAUAACGACCGCCCAUGGAGAAGAUCCACCGCUGACAACGCCAACGAGUGUCUGCCAUGCAACUGCAACGGCAAGAGCAGAGAAUGCUUUUUCGACCCGGCUCUGUACCGUGCCACGGGUCAUGGAGGUCACUGUCGCAACUGCGCCCACAACACGGACGGACCCAACUGUGAGCGCUGUCUGGACAACUACUACAGACUGGGUCCAGACCAGCACUGCCUGCCCUGCAGCUGUAACCCUGUUGGCUCUCUGAGCACUCAGUGUGAUAUCACGGGUCGUUGCAGCUGCAAACCGGGAGUCAUGGGAGAUAAAUGUGACCGCUGCCAGCCCGGGUACCACUCGCUGUCUGAGGCAGGCUGCAGCCCCUGCUCAUGUAACCCCUCCGGAAGCACACAGGAGUGUGAUGUCGAAACGGGACGCUGCCAGUGCAAGGAAAACGUGGAUGGCUUCAGCUGCGACAGGUGUAAACUCGGCUUCUUCAACCUGGAUGCCCAUAAUCCUCAGGGAUGCACUCCGUGCUUCUGCUUCCAUCAUUCCACCGUGUGCGAGAGUGCCGAGGGCUACAGUGUACACACCAUCACGUCCACCUUUGAACGAGGUGAUGAAGGCUGGAAGGGUCAGCGGAGAGACGGCUCCAGCGUGCCAGUGCAGUGGUCUCCAAGCUCUCAGGAGAUCUCGCUCGUGUCAGAAGAUUACUUCCCCAUGUACUUUGUGGCUCCAGAGAAAUUUUUGGGGAACCAUGUCCUGAGCUACGGUCAGAACCUGACUCUGCACUUCCGGGUGGAGCGACGCGACGCUCGCCUUUCAGCUGAGGACGUGGUGCUGGAGGGGGCGGGACAGCGUGUUGCCGUGCCGCUCAUCGCUCAGGGAAAUGCUUACCCUGCAGACCAAAUGCAAACCUUCGUGUUCAGGCUCCAUCACACCCCUGACUCAACUUGGAGACCAGAGCUGAGGCAUGCUGAAUUCCAGAAGCUUCUCCACAACCUGACAUCCGUCAAGAUCCGCGGAACCUACAGCGAGAGAAGUGCUGGGUAUCUGGAUAACGUGUCGCUGGUGACUGCCCGGCGAGGACACGGGGAGCCAGCGCGCUGGGUGGAGAAGUGUUCAUGUCCUGCUGGCUACGAGGGUCAGCACUGUGGCACGUGCGCUCUGGGAUACAGGAGGAGCCAACCGGAGCUGGGUCAAUACAGCCCCUGCGAAACCUGCAACUGCAAUGGCCACAGCGACACCUGCAACUCUGUAACAGGAAUGUGUGACUGCAAGGACAAUACGGCUGGCAUGAGCUGCGAGAGGUGUAAGGACGGUUUCUACGGUGAUGCCAUGGUGGGUUCGCCAUCCGAUUGUAAACCUUGCCCGUGUCCUGCAGGCGCCACCUGUGCCAUCGUGCCCAAAACCCAAGAGGUGGUGUGCACCAACUGUCCGCUCGGCACCACAGGGAAACGCUGUGAGCUGUGCGACGACGGAUUCUUCGGUAACCCGCAAGGCAUCAACGGUCAGAGGAGACCGUGCCGGGCAUGCAACUGCAACAACAACAUCGACCCCAACGCCGUGGGCAACUGUGACCGGGACAGCGGCGAGUGCCUCAAGUGCAUCUACAACACAAACGGCUUUUUCUGUGAUCGCUGCAAAGAAGGUUACUACGGCAACGCCUUGGCUAGCAACCCAGCUGAUAAGUGCAAACCUUGCGCCUGCUCUCCUUACGGCACAGUGGACAGGCAAAAGACCUGCAUGCAGGUGACGGGGCAGUGCAAGUGUCUCCCUCACGUCACCAACCGAGACUGCAGUGCCUGUGAGCCCGGCUACUACAAUCUGAAGAGUGGAAACGGCUGCCAACGGUGCAACUGCAACCCUAUCGGCUCCACUAAUGGCCAAUGUGACAUUGAGACUGGACAGUGCGAGUGUCAGCCCGGGGUCAUGGGUCAGCACUGUGAGCGCUGCGAGGUCAACUUCUUUGGCUUCAGCUCGUCUGGAUGCAAACCCUGCGACUGUGACGCUGAGGGCUCACGGACGGCUCAGUGCAGAGACGACGGCCGUUGCGAAUGUCUCCCCGGCUUCGUCGGCACUCGCUGUGAUAUGUGUGAGGAGAACUACUUCUACAACCGCUCAGUUUCUGGCUGCCAGCAGUGUCCCAACUGCUACAGCCUCGUCAGGGACAAGGUGAACCAGCAGAGACAGAAGCUCCAUGACCUGCAGAAUCUCAUCGACAACUUGGGCAGCCAGGACACAGUGAGCGACAAAGCCUUCGAAGACCGCCUCAAGGAGGCUGAGAAAACCAUCAUGGAUUUGCUGAAGGAAGCUCAGGCCAGCAAAGAGGUGGACAGUGACCUGUUGGAUCGCCUGAGGAGCAUCAACAACACGUUGACGACGCAGUGGAACCGGCUGCAGAACAUCCGGAACACGGUGGAAGACACCGGAAACCUGGCGGACAAAGCGCGCGGAAGGGUGCGCGAGACUGAGAAACUCAUCGAGCGGGCGAGAGAGGAGCUGGACAAGGCGAAGGAUGCCAUCAGCAAAGUGGAUAUCAAAAUUCCCACAACCACUGGAGAUCCAAACAACAUGACGCUCCUGGCUGAGGAGGCUCGCAGUCUGGCUGAGAAGCAUAAAACGGAUGCAGAUCAAAUUGAGAAAAUCGCCAAAGAUGCCAACGACACUUCAACAAAGGCCUACAACCUUCUGAUGAAGACGCUGGACAGCGAGAACAAGAUCAACAAGGACAUUGAUGACCUGAAUAAAAAAUACAACGAGGCCAAGGACCUGGCCAAGAACCUGGAGAAACAGGCCACUAAAAUCCGAUCCGAAGCAGAAGAAGCAGGAGACAAGGCUAUGAAGAUCUACGCUAACCUGACCAGCCUGCCUACAUUUGAUGUCAAAUCACUAGAGGAUGAAGCCAAUAAAAUAAAGAAGGAAGCAUCGGAUCUGGAUAAGCUCAUCGAUAAAACUGAGAGGGAAUACAACGAUCUGAGAGAAGACUUGAGAGGAAAAGAAAACGAUGUCCGCAGACUGCUGGAGAAGGGCAAGACCGAGCAACAGACAGCGGAUCAGUUGCUGGCACGCGCAGAUGCAGCCAAGGCUCUGGCAGAAGAGGCAGCAAAGAAAGGCCUUACCACAUUCCAGGAGGCCCAGGACAUCCUCAACAACCUCCGAGACUUCGAUAAGAGAGUGAAUGACAACAAGACCACAGCAGAGGAGGCGCUGAAACGUAUCCCACAAAUCAACGCGACGAUCAACGCAGCCAACGAGAAGAACCGGCAGGCCGAAGCGGCCCUGGGCAAUGCGGCAGCCGACGCCAGAGAGGCCAAAUCCAAGGCGGAGGAAGCCGAGAAAAUCGCCAGCAACGUCCAGAAGGGUUCGGCUAAAACCAAAGCAGAGGCAGAAAAGGCGUUUGGAGAUGCGAUGAAACUGGAUGAUGAGGUGAAGGACAUGAUGAAGGAGCUGGCAAAAGCAGAGAACGAGCUGGAGAAGAAGAAAGAAGAGGCAGCGCAGGACAUGAUGAUGGCUUCGAUGGCAUCAGACAAUGCAAAGGAAGCAGAAGAAAAUGCCCGCAAAGCCAAAAACUCUGUCCGCACCGUUCUCAGCGCCAUCACCGACUUGCUCAGCCAGCUGGGCAACAUCGACAAGGUGGACUUGAGCAAGCUAGACCAGAUCGACAGAUCGCUGAAUGAAGCCAAGGAGAAAAUGGCGGGCAGCGACCUGGACAAGAAGCUGAAGGAGCUGAAUGACAUGGCCAAGAGCCAGGAGGACAUGAUCAGUGAUUACGACCGGCAGAUCCGCGAGAUCCGCGCCGACAUCGCCAACCUUAACGACAUUAAGAACACUCUGCCUAAUGGCUGCUUCAACACGCCGUCCCUCGAGCGGCCUUAACCCCUCCCUCUCUCUCCCACUCCCCCCCCCCCCUCUUCUUGUCUCGACCACACCAGUCACCAUCUAACAAUCAGGGCAAGAUGCCAUUCUUUACCAAAACGUUUUGUUUUCUCUUUUUCAGUUGUUUUAGCUGUGUUUUCUUAUCCAUCAGUGAAGUCACACAUGAAACGUAUCUUUAUCAAAUCCCAGUAAUUUACAGCAGGUUUUUUUUUUUAAUUCAGAUAUGCAAAAAAAGGCUUGUUGAGGUGGCUUCUCAAGUUUUCCAGAACUUUUAUUCUUCCUCCAUCCUGCCUUCAGUCACACACUGUGCUCCAUUACAACCCCAGCUAUUUACUGUUGGUUCAGAAAAACGGACAGUGAAGGAAUCUUGUAUACUGUUUUCAUUGUAGUCUCUCUCUCCCUCUCUCUCUCUCUCUCUCUCUCUCUCUCUCACACACACACACACUCCUCCACUACAGUAUUCAGCUCAUCUCAUCCUCAAACAGUGACAUGUAGAAAUCUGACUCCGUAUCCGCUUCGCCUUUCAGCCCGACCCUUUUCACAUUUUUUUUAUUUUUUUUUGCUGCUUACUUACAGGUGUACCGCCAAUCACUUGAUCACUUUUUUUUUUUUUUUUUUAUUUGCAAGGCAAAAAAAAAAAUUUUCAACACUAUGCAACUUUGUACAUUUUGCGUAGCAAGACUUAUCUGAUACACUGGUGCUAAUAAUUAUUUCAAAAUGUUAUAUUUUUGUGUGAAUUUUUUUUUUUUUUAAUUAUUAUUAUUAUGGUAUAGUGUGAGGAUUUUUCUUUUUUUUUUCUCGUGUAAAUAUAUUCGUAAAUGUUUCAGGAAUGGCUUUUUUUUUUCUUUUUUUUUUAAUGACACCAUCACCCAGUCAGCUGAAGAGAACAUUAGCUACAAUCAGCUCUCCACCUCCAUAAUAUAUAAAUCUAUAUAAAUCUAUAUAAAUCUAUAUAUAUAUAUAUAUAUAUAUAUAUAUAUAUAUAUAUAUAUAAUGUAUGUCCUGUGGUAUAAUAUGCUUGCUUGUAUACAUGGCUAUUUUUUUGGCUCAUAGCACCGCCAUUUAUUUUAAUAAUGUUUUACUUUUCAGCGGGUGGUUAAUAAAUGGGGAAAAAAAACAACCAUACAAUGUUUUUGUAAGAAGAAGAACACUCGAAUACUCCCUUAACUAAAACCCGCCUUAAACGUAUGUACAAAUAUGUCUAACAUUUCAAACGUGUGUUUUUUUGUUGUUUUGUUUUGUUUUUGGACAGCAAGCUGGUCCCACGUGACUAGUUGACCAGAUGCGAUGGUGUCUUGUGCCUUAAUUAACUACUGGAGAAGGAUUCAUCAGCCCAAGAUUCAAGAUUUCUCUCCAUUUCUUUUUUUUUUUUUUUUGCCUGAAAACACACACACACACAACAGUGUAAUUAAAGAAGCAGGAAGAGAAUUAAGCACUCCACAAUGAUGAUGAUGAUGAUGAUGUACUUUGUCUGUUAUCUGGUGAACUUCUCCAGAAGGCUUCCUCCAAACCUCUCUCGCCUUACCAAUGUGGACACAAGUGCAACACAAUUUAUCUAUACAACAGUAUUGAAUUUUUUUUUUUAAUAUAACAAGUAUUUUUUUUUUAAAGCUGUUCCUCAGUAUGUGGGUGUGUGUUGCACAAGUUGGGUUUUAAGCUCCUGCUUUCCUCUGUUGAUGUUCAAGGCACCCGACCCCCACACACACAUACACAUACACAUACAUAAGGGCCUGAGAAACUCCAGCUUUGUCACCCGUUUGCCUGUUAAAUCAAAUUAUAACAUUUGAAUAAUAAACAAGUGGUUAUUUCCCGGA